AUGCGAACACUACGUCGGCAUCUUAAACAUCUGAGACUGUACAGACGAAAGAAUCAAACAGAUCUAUUGGAAGUAGCAUUAUUCCUCAUGAAUGAACUAGACCGUUAUGGAAAGCUACAUGGAUAUAAACUACUACAUCUAAAGUGUAUUCAAGCUGGAUUUGUUGUCAGUCAACGUAUAAUUCGCCAUUUAUUAGGCAUCCUGGAUCCCGAUGGAGUACAAAUGAGAAGGAGAAAUCGCUUAAGACGUCGGAUGUAUGUAAAUCCUGGCCCCAAUUUUAUAUGGCACAUGGACUCCUAUGACAAACUGAAACCUUUUGGUAUCUGCAUCAACGGCGCGAUCGAUGGAUUUUAUAGGAUGGUAAUUUGGCUCCAUGCUUAUUCUACUAAUUCUGACCCGAAGGUAAUCGCCAGCUAUUUUAUUAAUGAAGUUGGACAAAGGAUGGGGACACCAGCCAGAAUGAGGUCAGACCUGGGAACAGAGAACUGUUAUGUGGAACAAAUGCAGAAGUUCCUACGCUAUGAUGACCACGACGAAUAUGCAGAAAACUGCUUCAUCUAUGGUUCAAGCAACCACAAUCAGCGCAUUGAGAGCUGGUGGGCAUUCAUGAGAAAACAGCAUGCUCAGUACUGGAUUAAUCGUUUCCAGGAUUUGAAGGAGAAAGAUUACUUCACAGGUGGUUUCCUGGACAAGCAGUUAAUAUUGUUCACCUGUCUGAAUAUCAUUGAAGAAGAGCUGCAACAAGUCCUGCAUUUGUGGAAUACUCACAGAAUUCGUCGUUGCAGAAAUGCUGUGGCUCCCAAUGGCCGUCCUCUCAUGAUGUAUCACCUGCCACAACUUUUUGGAGCAAGAGAUUACCUGAAGCCUGUCUCUCAGGAGGCUGUAGAAGCCUGUAGAGAGGAAUGCCUUCAGAGAGGGCCAUACUCAUGUGAUGAGACAGUUUUUACUUUAUCCUGUCUUCUCAUGGAAGAGAACCAUCUUCAUCCACCCACAACACCUGAUGAAGCGAUUGAAUUGUACCUGUUUCUGAAGGUUUUGUUGUGUUGGCAUGGUGGUCACACCCAAACGAUCCAGAAGAUCCAGCAGUUCAUCUUUGUCAUCUCCAAGGAGAUCUUCUUUUAA